AUGGAGGCAGCUCGAGCUGCUGGUUGUUGGUGCGUGGCCGAGCCGCGGCUAGAAGAAGUGGCUGGCAUCGGCCUUGGCCUGAAGCAGGGAAGCGGUGGCGCGCACAGCGAAGGCCGGCGAGGAGCAGGAGAUGGCCGGGGUGCCUUGGCACAACGGAGGCGGAGCAGAGGAGGGCAGCAGCGGCGCGCUUGCUGGACGGAGCAGGGGUGGCGGAGCGGAGCAGAGCAGCAGCGUAGAAGCCGGCCGCGGCUGGAGAUGGUAGUGGUGCGGAAGGCCGGGCGCGGCACCAUGGGGAGGCGACGACGUGGAGGACGGGAGGCUGCAGGGGCAGCGCUGGUCGGCGACGGGGAGGUCCAGUGGCGCGGCACCAAGGGCGGCAAGGAGGAGAGAUAUUCUAAACCCAUUGCCCCAAUAACAACCUGCUGCUUUCACCACUUUAUUUCUCUCCUCGUUCAGCAGUCAGCAUCUCCGUGUCUCCCUCCCUCCCUCCCUCUCCACCGCCCCCCUAGUCUGACACCGCCAAAAUCCCACCGCGCCACGCUGAUGGCUUCGCCGCCGACGGGACCCGCGGCGCCGGCGGGCUUGGAGAGCAUGGAGGGGCUCGCCCUCGACAUCAUCAUCGCCAAGGCCGGCGCGCGCCCCGCGGCCGCGCUCGCCUGCGCCAGCACGCACCUGCGCGCCGCCGUGGCCGAGGACGCCGUCUGGCGCAGCUUCUGCGCCCGAGACCUCGGCCUCGACGCGCCCCUCGACCCCGAGGACCGCCCGCUCCCCUCCUUCAAGGAUGCAUAUAAAGUUUGGUCAGAGUCUUUUGGUAUGUAUCCAUUACCCCUGGUAAAGAGAGUGAAACUUUUUUGGAGCUCAUUAAAAGGAUGGAUUUCUGAAAACUUUCCUGAAGCACUCAGAACUUUGAGUAAAGGUGCUUCUGAAGCUCAGAUAAGAUCAGCAGAAGAUGAUCUUGGUUUCAAGCUUCCUAUGCCCACAAAGCUAUUGUACCGCUUUUGCAAUGGUCAACUGCCUUUCAGUAAAAACGAGGAUAUACGCAUGGCUCCUCUUGGCAUAAUAGGAGGCUAUGUGUUUUAUAAUUACAAUGUGAAUGUGCACUUGUCAUCUCUUGAGCAAAUGGUCGAAGAGACAAAAGAAUUUAAUCUCCACUUGGAGGAGCAAGGUCUUCCCAUUGGGCCCAACCUUGCAUUAGUGGCAAGUUCAUGGUAUCAUCCUAAAACGUUUCUUCUCAAUUGUUCAAGUGGUGAUCUUUACGUUGGCACUGCCAACUUAUCAGCUGGAGAAAUGAUGCCAUGCGUGCCAGAAUCAUUGAUAAAGCCAACGAAUAGUGAUAUGCCCCAAGAUGGAUUACUUUUGUGGUUGGAAGAGCACCUUAGGCGCUUACAGAAUGGCAUGAUCAAGAUCCGCCCGCUUAGUACGUCGAGGUAUAUCUGCUUAUAUCCAGAAGCAUCCCCAUUGUGUUCGUCAGCAGUGACAAAUGGUGUAAAGGUACGUGCAUCUGCUGUCUUUGUGCCAGAACAUCCUCGUCGGGGGCAUUUGGGCACACAUCUGUACAGCUAUUCCAUCCGCCUGUCAGUUCCUGAGGCAUGCAUGCUAGGUGGGGUUUACUUUUCUUCCUGCCAGCUUCACUCACGCCACUGGAUCAUCCGAUGUAAAGACACGGUUGUUUCGGAUAUGCAUGGGGAAGGUGUUAUUGGGGAGCACCCUUUACUUUUACCAGGGCAGGACGAGUUUGUCUAUGAGAGCUGCACGCCGCUGAAUGGCAGUAGUGGAUCUGUGGAGGGCUCUUUUACAUUUGUGCCUGGGAGGUUGACCCAGCCAGAAGGAAAACCAUUCGACGUCACGGUGGCUCCGUUCCCUCUGGAAGUACCCGACUACAUCUUCUGAGCAUAGUAUGUGCACCUAAUAACAGUGUAGUAUCUUGGUAGAAACACCGAACAUAUCUCUAGUACUCUGUCUGCUGUAGCAAAGUUGCUCUGCCUGGAGUUGAUCUUGUCGAUGUAAUGUUAACUAAAGGACGCAAAUGGUUGUCGUGCGCCGACCUUCUUCCGGUUCCUGGCUGUGGCCCUAAAGGAAUCUGUAGCAGGUGGAGCUUGUUUGUUCA